CAAGCACAUAGAGUCCAUUGCCAGAGAGAGAGAGAGAGAGAGCAUAGAGAGAGCAGUACUGAAGGAUGGGAUCCAAGCAAGAAGCUAAUUACUUGCCUCAUAUAGUUUUGAUCCCAUGUCCACUACAAAGCCAUAUAAAAACCAUGCUUAAAUUGGCAAAACUUCUGCACUACAAAGGUUUUCACAUAACAUUUGUUAACACAGAGUUUAAUCACAAACGUUUCUUGAAAUCAAGAGGCCCUAAUGCCCUUGACGGCUUGCCCAACUUUUGUUUUGAAACCAUCCCUGAUGGCAUCCCUUCUUCAGAUAUUGAUGCCACGCAAGAAAUAGAUUCUAUUACAGUUGCUGUUCAAAAUAAUAUGUUAGCUCCGUUUAAGGAACUUCUUGCAAAACUUGUGAAUCCUCCGGUGACUUGCAUAGUUUCUGAUGCUUUCAUGCCGUUCACCAUCACAGCUGCUGAAGAAGCUGGACUCCCAGUUGUGAUGUUCGUCACCAUGUCCGCAUGUGGAUACAUGGGAUACAAACAACUUCAUGGCCUCAAGGAGAAGGGCUUCGUUCCACUUAAAGAUGAGAGUUAUCUAACAAAUGGUUAUCUUGAAAACACAAUUAUAGAAGGGAUUCCUGGUAUGAAAGCCAUCCAACUCAAAGAUUUUCCAUUUAUUCGAACAACAUGUGAAAACGACCUUUCAUUGAACUUUGUAAUUGGAGUUGCUGAGACUUCUGUUAAAGCUCAGGCAAUUGCUUUUCAUACUUUCGAUGCAUUGGAGCUAGAUGUUUUGCAUGGCCUUUCCACUAUAUUUCCUCGUGUUUAUUCCAUCGGUCCAUUUCAGUUACUUCUCAAUCAAAUUCAAGAUGAUGGUUUGAAGUCUAUUGGUUACAAUCUAUGGAAGGAAGAGAGUGAAUGCCUCCAAUGGUUAGACACCAAAGAGCUCAAGUCAGUGGUCUAUGUGAAUUUCGGAAGCAUAACAGUGAUGACAGCUGAACAACUGGUUGAGUUUGCCAUGGGGUUAGCUGAUAGCAAGAUCUCAUUCUUGUGGAUUAUAAGGCCGGAUUUGGUUAUCGGUGAUUCGGCAAUUUUGCCAGCUGAGUUUGCAGUGGAAGCUCAAAAACGUGGUUUCAUGGCUAGUUGGUGCCCACAAGAGGAAGUACUAAACCAUCCAUCAAUUGGAGGAUUUCUAACUCAUAGUGGUUGGAAUUCAACUGUUGAAAGCUUGUGUGCUGGGGUGCCCAUGAUUUGUUGGCCUUUUUUUGCUGAUCAGGCAAUAAACUGUAGCUAUGCUGGCAGUGAAUGGGGAGUUGGCAUGGAGAUUGAUAACAAAGUCAAAAGGGAAGAAGUAGAGAAGCUUGUAAGAGAGUUAAUGGAAGGAGAGAAGGGUGAGAAAAUGAGGGGAAAGGCCAUGGAGUGGAAGAAGCUGGCUGAAGAGGCUGCUGCCCCUCAUGGUUCGUCAUCCAUUAAUUUAGACAAGUUCAUAAGUGAAAUAUUACAAUCCAAAACUACUUAACUCGUGAUCUUUUUAAAAAAUACUUUUGUAAUUACAUUUUAUGAUUGUUUGUUGGCGAAAAGAACAAAAUCAAGGUUUGUGCUAGUUGUGUUGAUUGUGUAA